AUGGCUCCUCCGGCACAUUCAAAACCAAACAGGAAAAGAUUCACCGACAGAAAAGAGACAAAAACGGCCGAUAUCAAGAGAGCAUUAACUCAUCGGGCUAGAUUGAGAAAGAACUAUUUCAAGCUUUUGAAAAACGAAGGGCUUGAAGAACACCAGAGGCAAGAAGAAGGAAAAGAUGGAGACGGCAGUAGUGAUGGUAAUGAAGAUGAUGGAGAAGAAGAGAGUGACGGAACACUGCUAGCUAGAGUGAAACUGAAACUGAGACUGGAAAAACCAAACAAGGCCCAGCCCUUCAAUUACGCUGAACGAGCUGCACUAGCUAAACAACGCAAAGCAGAACAAAGGCAAGCUAAAUUGGCAACGGUGCAAGAACGGAUCAAAAACAUUGAAAAACAGCGGCAGAUCCGCGAAUUGAAGAAACUGCAGUUGAAACAAAAGACCAAAUACGGCCAACCGGUCAUGGGUCCUCGCAUCAAUAAUCUACUAGAGAAAAUCAAAAAGGAUAACCAGUGA